CCCUGUGGCUAAGCUUUCUGUGCGUGUAGCAGCCCCGCAGCCUCAUUCGCUUCUCUCUCUUCAGUGCAGGAGGGACCGCAGCUUGUGUGCCCAGUGACCCAACAGGUAGGUUGGCUCCCCAGAGGCUAGUGGGCACGUGGAUGGUGGCCGGCUAGCAGCAAGAGCGAGCCACAGAUGCAAAGGUCCCCUGGCCACCUGGCAUGAGUAGCUGCUAGCCAUGGGCAACAGGAACGCUGCCGGAGUUUGCUGUGUACCACCGCCUUCAGAAAUGGUGGUUGACCAUCCCGAGUUCGAGAAAGCCGGAAAGGCCCCGGGGCUCCAAGUAUGGAGAGUGGAGAAAUUCGAUUUGGUGGCCGUUCCUCAGAAUCAAUAUGGAUCCUUCUUCACCGGGGAUGCCUACCUUGUACUCAGCACCAUCAAGACUCGCUCUGGGAACCUACAGUACGAUCUUCACUACUGGCUAGGGGAUGAGUGCACUCAGGAUGAAAGUGGAUCGGCUGCCAUUUUCACAGUGCAAAUGGACGACCAUCUAGGAGGACAGCCCAUCCAGAACCGGGAAGUUCAAGGAUAUGAGUCCUCCACAUUCUUGGGAUACUUCAAGCCUGGCAUCAAAUACAAGGCUGGAGGCGUGGCUUCAGGUUUCACGCACGUGGUACCAAAUGAGGUAGACAUUAAGCGACUCCUCCAGGUGAAAGGCCGCCGUGUUGUUAGAGCCACCGAGGUUCCCGUGAACUGGGACAGCUUCAAUCAAGGAGACUGCUUUAUUCUCGACCUUGGGAAUGAAAUCUACCAAUGGUUUGGGUCGAAAUCCAACCAGUUUGAGAAACUGAGAGCCACGGCAGUUGCCAAGGGCAUCCGGGACACGGAAAGGAACGGAAGAUCCAAGUUGUAUGUGGUGGAAGAAGGGAUGGAGAGAGAGAAAAUGAUUGAGGUUCUGGGACAGAAGCCAGAUUUGCCAGAGGGACCAGCGGAUGAUAUUAAAGCCGAUGCUUCCAACAGGAAACUUGCAAAGCUUUAUAAGGUCUCUGAUGGAAAGGGUGCCAUGACGGUGUCUCUAGUGGCAGAUCAAAACCCCUUCACCCAGGCGGCCCUCAACUCAGAUGACUGCUUUGUACUUGAUCACGGCUCAGAUGGAAAGAUCUUUGUAUGGAAAGGAAGGAAUGCCAACAUGGAAGAGAAGAAAGCUGCACUAAAGACUGCCACUGAAUUCAUUUCCAAGAUGGGCUACCCAAAGCAAACUCAGGUCCAAGUGUUGCCAGAGAAUGGCGAGACUCCCCUGUUCAAACAGUUCUUCAAGAAUUGGAAAGACAAGGAGGCCACCGAGGGCAUGGGUGUUGCCUACGUCCCCCACCACAUCGCCAAAAUUGAAAAUGUGCCUUUCGACGUCAGUGGUCUACACGAAUCCCCGGCCAUGGCUGCCCAGCACGGCAUGGUGGAUGAUGGAUCUGGCCAAAAACAGAUUUGGCGUAUUGAAGACUGCAAGAAAGUUCCUGUUUCUAAAUCCCUUUACGGCCAGUUUUAUGGUGGAGACAGCUACAUCAUUCUGUAUAAUUAUAAGCACGGCGGAAAACAAGGCCAGAUCAUCUACACAUGGCAAGGGGACGAGUCGUCAAAGGAUGAAGUUACCGCCUCGGCCAUCCUGAGCGCCCAGCUGGACGAGGAGCUUGGCGGGACCCCAGUACAGGGCGCAAGGUCGCAGGUGCGGGUCGUGCAGGGCAAGGAACCGGCCCAUCUAAUGAGCCUGUUUGGUGGGAAGCCCAUGAUUGUCAACAAAGGUGGAACUUCAAGAGAAGGCGGUCAGACCAAGGACGCGGACGUCCGCCUGUUCCAAGUCCGUGCUUCCUCCUCUGGGUUCAGCAGAGCAGUAGAGGUGGAUUCUACAGCCAGCAAUCUGAACUCCAACGAUGCCUUUGUGCUGAAGACCCCCUCUGCCGCCUACCAGUGGGUUGGCCAAGGUUCCACCGAUGCUGAAAAGAAGGGAGCCCAAGAGCUAUUGGCGGUGUUGGGAGUCUCUGCGUCUGAGAUACUGGAAGGCCAGGAAACUGAUGACUUCUGGGCGGCGCUAGGCGGUAAAGCAGAUUACCGUACCUCGGCAAGACUAAAGGACAAGUUGAACACCCACCCCCCUCGUCUGUUUGCCUGUUCCAACAAGACCGGCCGCUUCAUUAUUGAGGAGGUUCCAGGAGAAAUAUCUCAGGAUGAUCUCGCUACCGACGACGUCAUGCUGUUGGACACUUGGGAUCAGGUCUUUGUCUGGGUGGGAAAAGAAGCCCAGGAAGACGAGAAGAAAGAGGCUAUAGCAUCGGCCUACAAGUAUAUUGAGAGUGACCCAGCUAAUAGGGACAAGAGGACCCCAGUUGCCAUCAUCAAGCAAGGAUUUGAGCCCCCCACAUUCACAGGCUGGUUCCUGGGUUGGGAGACAGAUUACUGGGAUAUCAGCCCCCUGGAGAGAGCGCUGGCAGACCUUUAAUGAGACGGGCCCUUCCCGUGGGUCUCUCUGUGCCUUUACCGACUAGGAGACGCGCUCAGCCAGAGACUGUUCCUAGCCCCACGUAGCUGUGCAAUAACCAAAGUACCCCCCCAGUUUGUACCUCGCCCCCUCUUGUACUAUUGGAAUAUUUAAAAGCAAUAAAGCAAACACAUGUUCUACA